GAGACCAUGAUAAUUUUAAGAGAAAUACACAUCAGUCAGUUUUUUGACAUGUCUCCCAAGAUAACGUGUUGACUCUGCAUAUCAUGGGAUUUUGGAAUAAUGAAAGAAGAGUUUUUGUGAUGGGUGGGAAGUUGAUAAAAUUCCACCCAGACCAUGUUGCGUUGUUGUUAAGCAUGCCCAACAGAGGAGAAUUAGUUUGUUGGAGGAAAACUCCCUCAUCUCGGAUAGAUGCAAGAGCAAUAAAGGAAGAUGUGACUAAGUUUUCAAGAGAUUCUUCUACUCCUUCUGAGAAAAUAUUUCUUAAGUUUUUACUAACAAAUUUAUUCUUUCCCUCGAACAAUUUCGGUGUGCCCUCAAGGUUUUAUGCAUUUGGGGAGAAUGUACAAACCUUCGCUUCGUUUAACUGGUCUACUGUCAUCUGUGAUUAUAUGAUUGAUCAGAUGAACUUUGUUGCAAUCAAAAUAAAGAAGAAUCAGCCACUUGGUUACAUAAGUGGUUUUGUUUUUCUUUUAUCUAUAAGUUCAUAUUUACCGCAUUUAAAAUUUUUUCUUUUCAUUUAUUAUUUUAGUUUUUUUUUGCCUUGUGACAUUGAUUUUUGAUAUGUCAUCUGCAGCUUUGAUUUUUUGAGUACACAACUCUAUUUACUCCUACUGCACCUGAUGUUAAACAACACAUGCUAAGAUGGCCAAAAGUUUAUGGGUGGACAACACCACAGAUUCAGGAAGUUUUUAGGGUGCUCGAUCAUGUACAGGUUAAUGACACUUUCAUCGACUUGAAGGAAUAUGAGCUGCACUUAUUGUCUAAUCCUGAUCAUAGACCACCCAGCCCUGCUAUGACUCUUCCUUGUACUACUCGUUGUAAAACUCCUGUCAUACCGCCGUCACCCAAAUCACAGAGUGUUGGUCCAAUUGUUUCAAGCGAGGUAACCUCAGAAGCAACGUAUAGAAGAAGAGAAAAUGAACUUGAAGGAAUAAUCGAACUACUUAAGGCUUAAGAACAAAUAAGUUUGAGUGUGCAGAAAUCCAUGUUUACAAUGAAUAAACAGAUAACUAACGUUGAAGUCAUUGUCCGCUCUAACAGCUAUGGUUAAGAGACUA